AGCCACUCCAAUACAAAGCUUCUCACGCUUCUUCGUUCCCAUUCCUUCCCAUCUUUUCCUUCAUUUCACGAACUCUAAUCGGCCAGUGUCGCUCUCGUUCACUCCACGUCAACUCUCACACAAAUCCCUGAAUCCUGUGAAGUCUCGUUCUACCGGUCAUUCACGAACCCUUCACUCUCUCUUUCUCGUCUCUGAACCCUGUAGCAGAGUAAGGAUGGGAGCCUUUUGCAACGAAGAGCUCCCACUCUCGCAGAAACUCAGCUUUGCAUCCGCGCAUGAUCGAAGAUUUUCGAAACACGUCCUUGAUAACGUCCACGGAACCAUCACUCUCGAUCCGCUCUCAUUGAGGUUUAUUGACACUGAACAAUUUCAGAGGCUUCGUGAUCUAAAGCAACUUGGUCUGGCGUACAUGGUUUAUCCAGGAGCUGUACAUUCUCGGUUUGAACAUUCACUGGGGGUGUAUUGGCUUGCUGGGGAAGCAGUUACGAAGCUUCAAACUCAUCAAGGCUCAGAGCUGGGAAUUGAUCGCUUUGAUUUACAAACAGUGAAGAUUGCAGGGCUACUUCAUGAUAUAGGGCAUGGGCCUUUCAGCCAUUUGUUUGAGCGUGCAUUUCUUCCUCGGGUUCUUAAUGGUGCUAAAUGGUCUCAUGAAGAAAUGUCAGUGAGGAUGGUUGACUACAUUGUUGAUGAACACAAUAUUGAAAUUGAUUCUCAAAGCCUUAAAAGAGUGAAAGAAAUGAUUCUUGCCAGCUCUGAAAUUGCACUGCCAAAGAGCAUGAAAGAGAAGCAUUUCUUGUAUGAUAUUGUUGCAAAUGGUCGAAAUGGGAUAGAUGUUGACAAGUUUGAUUACAUUGCUCGUGAUUGCCGAGCUUGUGGUCUAGGCUGCAAUUUUCAAUUUGAGAGGUUAAUGGAAACAAUGCGGGUUUUGGGCGAUGAAAUAUGCUAUCGUUCUAAGGAUUAUCUCACAAUUCACAAGUUAUUUGCUACUCGAGCUGAUCUGUAUCGUACAGUCUAUACACAUGCAAAAGUCAAGGCAAUAGAGCUUAUGUUUGUAGAUGCAUUGCUAGAAACAAAUAAUUGUCUAGGAAUUACCUCUCAUGUUGAUGACCCGGCUGAAUACUGGAAGUUAGAUGACACAAUACUAAAGACCAUUGAAACAUCUCCAAAACAAGAACUGACAGAAGCAAAGAAGAUUAUUUCACGUAUUCGUAGAAGGGACUUGUACCAGUUUUGUAAUGAGUAUGCUGUUCCAAAGGAUCAAUUGGAUCAUUUCAAAGAUGUUACUCCACAAGAUAUAGUUUGUUCCCAAAAAACUAGUGAAGUCAUGUUAAGAGAAGAAGACGUUGCUGUUAGCAAUGUCAGGAUUGAUUUGACUCGUGGGAGGCAUAACCCUCUUGAGAGCAUCAAAUUUUUCAAGCAGGAUUAUGAGACCGAGGAUUCAUUUUCCAUACAGGAUGAUAGAAUAAGUCACCUGCUGCCUGCAUCCUAUCAAGAUAUGAUAGUCAGGGUGUACUCCAAAAAGGCUGAAUUGGUUGAAGCAGUUUCUGAUGCCUUCGAAAAUUUCCAGAUGAGAACAUAUGGGACCAAAGCACAAGUACAUUCAACCCCAGAGAAGAAGAAACGCCGAGUUUAAUGGGUUAACCAAUUCCCCAACCUCUCUGUUCGUUAUUUUUUGGCAUUCUUAUAUGCAUAUUGAUCGGGAGUCUCACAUAGAAUAUCCAAAACAUGCUCAUAUGAAAUUAUAAUUUAUAAAUAUUUGCCAGAUAAGACUGACUUUUAAUCAAAUCGGUAGUAUAAGAAUAUGCAUUGAACUCUGUAAACGAAAACUACUGUAUAGCUGAUGACUCGUCCUGGAAACUUUUGUAUAGUCAAUUCACUUUAGUGUUCCUAAAAUGGUCACUCGUCCUGGAAACUUCUUUGUCA